GUUGUCAGCGAGUUGCUUACAAAGGGAAUGCUCAUUUAAUUCUAUGAAUGACAAAUAAAUUGUGGUAUUUUUUAUCAGCAGUAUAAUUUAAUAGAACUUUCCCAAGAAAUAAAAUAAAGAGAUGGAUCGAUUAUUGAGAUUAGGUGGAGCUAUGCCAGGUCUUAGCCAAGGACCCCCUCCUUCAGAUGCUCCAGUUGUUGAUACUGCAGAACAAGUGUACAUAUCAUCUUUAGCUCUUCUGAAAAUGCUUAAACAUGGACGUGCCGGUGUUCCCAUGGAAGUGAUGGGUUUAAUGCUUGGAGAAUUUGUUGAUGAUUACACUGUCCGUGUUAUCGAUGUAUUUGCUAUGCCCCAAACAGGAACGGGAGUUAGCGUUGAGGCAGUUGAUCCAGUAUUUCAAGCAAAAAUGUUGGACAUGCUUAAACAAACUGGUCGGCCGGAGAUGGUAGUUGGCUGGUACCAUUCUCAUCCAGGAUUUGGAUGUUGGCUGUCAGGUGUAGACAUAAAUACCCAACAAUCGUUUGAAGCUCUUAGUGAGAGAGCAGUGGCUGUUGUUAUUGAUCCCAUACAGUCGGUAAAAGGAAAAGUUGUCAUUGAUGCAUUUAGAUUAAUCACACCUAACACUAUGGUUUUGGGUCAGGAACCCCGUCAAACAACAUCUAACUUAGGUCAUUUACAAAAGCCAUCAGUUCAAGCAUUGAUUCACGGUUUGAAUCGUCAUUACUAUAGUAUUAGCAUCAACUAUCGUAAGAACGAACUGGAACAGAAAAUGCUAUUGAAUCUACAUAAAAAGACAUGGAUGGAUGGUCUUACACUUGCUGAAUAUUCGGAGCAUAGCAAACUAAACGAAAGCAUUGUAUCCGAAAUGCUCGAACUUGCUAAGAAUUAUAAUAAGGCAUUGGAAGACGAAGAAAAGAUGACACCUGAACAGCUGGCUAUAAAGAAUGUGGGUAAGCAAGAUCCAAAACGACAUUUAGAGGAGAAAGUGGAUACACUUAUGUCUACGAACAUCGUUCAGUGUUUGGGAGCAAUGCUCGAUACAGUUGUAUUCAAAUAACUAUUUCUUAAAAUACCAUUUGCAAUAUAUUACUUAAAAAAAUAUACACCUUUUUAAAAUG